CCACAUGUCACAGUGUAUUUUUUAUUCGUGUGGACUGGAUGUGAUUUUGCAGAAUUUUCUUCUGUUGGCUUUUCGCAAACGGAAAAUGGCCAAAAACACCUCAAUCGCCUUUCCUCAGUGAUGUACGAAGUGUUGUGAUCCCCAACUGUGUUGUGAACGUGACAGUAAAGGUUCGAAAAACGAUGGACAAGAAUCCCUUCUCGGGUCUCCUAACCUCAAAAAGUCAGAAGGAAUCGGAAAACACAACUCGCGGAAAUCCUGGCAAUAUGAUGGCGACGAGGGUAAAUAACCUGAUCGAGAAGGUGCUCCUAGUGACGCUGAACAAGAGUCCGCCACGCGGACGAAAGCUGGUCUUCUUGGAAGAACUUGCAGAGAGAGAGACUGUGCUCAGUGCGGAGCUGGUCUCUCUGGCGCUCUUCGAGAGACUCCUGCUGUCCAAUCCGGGUGAUUUCCUGGUGCCCACGGACGGCGAGGAGGGGGACUGUGGAUCAGUGGCUGAGAAUGAGGUAUUUUUGUACCUCUGCGAGUGUUUGCAGCGAUCAGAGUGUACCCGGGAUGACAAUGACAGCGUCACGAUAGAGAUUUGCGAUAAGAUCUCCGAGGCCAUCAUCCAGAACGCCAGCACGGCAUUCAGGCAGCCCGAUCUGUAUUCCGGACAGAAUUUGUCUGACCAACUGACGCGAAUGUUCAGCUCACCGACGAGCGAUAUCCAGAUAGAGGCCAAGUUCCUGGGUCUUGUGGCGAAAGAAGUGGUGUCAUCGGAGACUGAGGAGGAGGGCAUGGCCAUGCUGAAGAAGGUCAUCUACCCCUUCCUGCAGGACAUCAGGCAGAAGGUGAGCAGGGCGUCUCUCGUGUCGCUGGACGUGUGGAUUCUGCCCACUUUGGGCGCAUUCGUCAGCGACAAGACAAACACAGUCAUGGGAAAUCUCUUGCUGGACUUCACCACGCCGCAGAAGACGCCCGUCAGCGGAGUGGCUUUCGCCGAGAGUCUCCUGGGACAGCUGCUCUCCCUCUCGCUCGCUCCGAAGCGCGACGAGGGUCAGUUUGAGUAUUAUGACAACCCAACAGAGGCGCCCUCGUCCAAUCUCACGUCCUCGCUCUGGAGCUGCCUGAAGUCGCUGCAGGACGAGCUGCAUGUAAUCUUCAAGGGCUUCCUGGUGAUGGGCGGCAGUGUGCGCGCGAAGGCUCUCACAUGGAUUGGCGAUUGUCUGCACGUGAACUUCCGCCGCGGCCAGAUCUGGAAUGCUCACGCGAUGCCACUUCUCUCUGGCGAGCGAAACGCCAGCGAUGCCUUCACCAUUGGCCUGGCCAGCGUUCUGCUGCGCCUCUGCCAGCCACUGCUGAAGCCUCAGCUAAAAGUGCUGCUCGUCGAUCCGACCUACGCGUGCGUGCCGGAGGAUCAGCGCGCCUCUCGCGACGUCCACAUGCAAUCUGUGGACAAAGAGACGUGUCUUCUACCCACGGCCGAGGGUGAAACGCGUCCGAUGGCGCAAAAGUACAACUUCAUCACCGAGUGCUUCUUCAUGGCGCACAAAGCCAUCGAUCUGGGCUAUAGAGUCGUCAUUGAGAAGAUUAUGCGACUCAACAGGGACAUUCACCGCAUUCAGGCGGCUUAUCAGGACCAGGCGGGCGGCGGAAAUAUGGACGCGGCGGUCAACAUCCUGCAGACGCUUACGCUGCAGAGUCAGAAGUACUUUUGCCUGCAGAAUCUGAUCCUGGAGCCCACGAAUGACGGCCUGUUGAUGCAAUUUUACGAGGCCACGGCCAUUUGGCUGGGCCAGAUUGUUGUGGCGUCAGACAAAUCGUCCGUCAGUGCCUCCUAUGCGCCCCAGACCAUCCAAGAGGUGAUACUGCCCAUUGACUGCCCCCCAUCGCCUCUUCUCAAAUGCAUUCCCGAAUUCGUCGUGGAGAACGUCGUCGAAUUUCUCACGUUCAUUCGCAUCUUUGACGCUCAGCGCACUGAAAGUCACCCGGAGGCGAGGAAUGAGAUCUUCACCAUGAUCCUCAUGUUCAUGGGUAGCUCCGAGAGGGUGAAGAAUCCCCAUUUGCGCGCCAGACUCGCCGAGGGACUCGAGUGUCUGUUGCCGAAGGAGAAUCAGGCAAUCUUCCAUACAAAUCUCUUUCACACGCACCAGCACCGCCUGGAGCUCAUUCCCAAUCUGCUGCGCGUGUUCGUGGGCAUAGAGAUGACUGGAGAGAAUGUGCAGUUUGAGCAGAAGUUCAACUACAGGCGUCCAAUGUACGUGAUCAUGGAGUUUGCGUGGCGCGUGGAGGAUCACAAGGAGCGCUUCAAGGCGCUCGCCAUUGAGGCAGAGAAGAACAUAGAGGCAGUGAAUCCGCCACUCUUCCUCAGAUUCAUCAAUUUGCUGAUCAACGACGCCAUUUUUCUGUUGGAUGAGUCACUGAACAAUCUGCAGCAGAUUCGUACGCUUCAGGCAGCUCAGGAUGCGGGCGAUUGGAACAGUUUGCCGGCCAAUGAGAGGCAGCAGAAUAUGGCGAAUCUGCAGCAUCUGGGCAUGAUGGCGAGGUUCGAUAACAUCCUCGGCAGGGACACGAUUAAGAUGCUGAAGCUCCUGACCACGGAGAUCAAGGGCAUCUUCUGCGACAGAUCGAUGGUGGACAGAGUGGCGGCGAUGCUCAACUACUUUCUGCUCAAUCUUGUGGGACCCAAGAAGGGGAAUUUCAAGGUGAAGCACAAGAAGGAAUUUGAGUUCGAUCCGGCAAAUACGGUUCUGCAGAUCUGUCAAAUUUACGCCAAUCUGCAAGAAUGCCAGGCUUUCUGCUUGGCUGUCUCCCAAGAUGGACGAUCGUACAGUCACAAGCUCUUCGAGUACGCCGAGCAAGUUCUCAUCCGCAUCGGAGGCGGUCAGCUGAUUGGGGAGAUUCAGGAGUUUGCCGCGAAGGUGCAGCGAAUUGAUCAGCAGCACAAAGAGGACCAAGAAGCACUCGCGGAUGUGCCGGAUGAAUUCCUGGACACCCUCAUGUUAACCCUGAUGACAGAUCCAGUGAUUUUGCCCAGUUCGCGCGUCAGAGUCGACCGCCCCACCAUCGCCAGGCAUCUGCUGAGCGACCAGACGGAUCCCUUCAACAGGUCGCCGCUCACGAUGGAUCAGGUGGUGCCGGACGAGGAGCUGAAGCGGCGCGUGCAUGAGUGGAUCAAGGAGAGACGUGAGGCGUACAAGGCGGAGCCAAAAGAUGCUUAAAGUGAUUCCUAGG